CUACAUACCAACAUUAUUAGGUCCUUAUUUGUUGCAUUUUUCUUAUGAUAAAAAUUAUUUCCUGCUUGUGAUAAAGUUUUAAAUAUGUAAAUAUUUGAAAUUUUUGCUUUGUAGUUUGUACAUAUAAGACUCAAAGUCUUAUUUGUCCUACAUACGGUUACCUAAUUUAAACUUCAAGGUAAUCAUCUGGCAAAUCGUCAAUUUCUGUUAUCGUGGCUCAAUAAUAUCCAUUACAUUAUGUGUUAACAUUUUACAAUAAAUACUAGGUAUAAACACUCAUUUUAAUACAAAUCAUCUAUAAAGUCUUAUUGGGUCAUUUAUAUUUAAUUCAUUUAUUUCAAUAUGAUUUUAGCCAAUCAAGUAAGUAAAACUAUUACUUAUUUAAUGUAAUUUAAUAUUAGAAACAAAUUAAUAUUCAAUUUACAAUUAUUUUAGGUAUUGCGUAAUAUAUACCGCACAUCUAGAUGUAUUAUUGUAAAUAAGAAGACAUAUAGUCAAUUACCACAAGAAACACCAUUUUGUCUUGGUUGGUUGCAAUAUCUUAUACCAAGAUAUUAAAUAUUUUUAUUAAAAUUAUUCUAUAUAUUUUGUUUAGAACUAUCUGAUACACAAAAAGAAUUUCGCGACCUGGCAAGAAAAUUCGCUCGAGAAGAAAUUAUUCCAGUUGCUGCUGAGUAUGACAGAACUGGGGAGUAUCCAUGGGACAUUAUUAAAAAAGCACAUUCAAUUGGACUUCUCAAUGGCCAUAUUCCUGAACAUUGUGGUAAUUUGUGUAAUUAAAUAUGUACAUAUAUGUAUAUGUGUUAUAGAUCAUUUGGGAAAUUAGUCUUUUUAUAAAAUACCUAAUCUCUUUACGUUUAUGUAAACCAUUUCAAUUUAUUUUUCACAAAACAAUUAAGCAGUCAGUUUAUUAUUAAGUUUCUUUGCAUAGAGACCAAAUGCAAUUGGGCCCUUUGGAAAUUUCCAAAGGUAAUUCAAAUAAUGAAGUGUAUAUUAUACGACAGAAUAGGUAGGUACAUUUUAUGAAACAAAACUACUUUACCAGGUAUUUAAUUUUUUUAAUUUUUGGUUUAUAAACUAUGUAUUUUUGUAUGCUCGCCGCAUUUCCUUACAUAUCUUUUUGCCCUUGAGCCAAGGUCUUCCCAGCUGGAAUCAUAUUCUGCCGGUUUUAGAGCAUGUGCUGCCCAAUCCUUUCUCAACCUGGAUUACAGCCCACUGAUCUUGGACUAUAAUUACCUUAUUCUUUUAUUAUGUUUAUAUCCAGUUUGAUAAUUAUGUAUUAAAUUGUUACUUCUUACGCCAUUUUAGCAACAGUUUUAUUGAGAAGUCAGAACUGAGUAAUGGUUUGUAUCCCCAUCCGCAUUCGUAAAGCUUCUCAAAUUUCUUAUGUUGUUGUUUGUCAAUAAUUAUAUGAUUAACUUGGUUUUUUGUCUUAUCAUCUAGAAUAGUCUAUGUGUGCUUAUGAAUGUUUUUUUAGGGCAGUAGCUGUUACCUAUAAUGAAGAUUUUUAAUUCUGCAAAUUAAUCUAUUUCUAUUGUCAUUAAACAAAGGGUGCAAGAUUUCUUGGCCUAUAGGUGGUUUAAAGAAUUUUUCUUUAGGCCUAAAGAAAUUUGCUACGCAUUCAGGUCUUCAGCAAUUAUCUUGAUAAAAUUAUUUGAAAGAGAGUUGAAUAUUCGUUUUUAGAUCUUAUUGAAAAUAUCUUUAUUCUCUAUCAGAGCAUAACAGUUUAUUAUACACAUAUCCAAUUUCAUUGUUGCUAUUUAAAAUAUAAGCAUUCAUUCACUGGCAUAAAUAUUUUAAUGCUGAUCAUUAUCAAGCAGUUAAAUACUAGAGCUCAGGACUUAAUACACUUAAAAAAUGUCAACAUAUUUAAAAACAAAAAUGAUUUAACUUAUAAAAUAUAAUUUUCAAACAUUAGAAAAAUGAUUAAACCAAGUAUUUCUUUUAAUAUAAUAUGUACAAUUUAAAAAAAAAAAAAAACUUAUUUUGUGUAACUUAAUAAUUAAUUACUUAAUCAUUUUUUUAGUGUUAUAAUAAUCGUAUUUUAUAAAUAAGCCAUUAGAAUGGGGACUUUUAAAAGCAUUAAGUCCCUAGCUCUAUUAAUUACGAAACUAACCCCUUUAUUUAUUGUUUUGCAAAGAAUAUUUUUAUAAUACAAAAUUAGACUCUAGUGAUGGAACUUUGCUACUUACGAGUUUUUUUAGAUUAUGUCAUUAAUAAUAUAUACUAAACAUAUUAUUAUUAAUAUGUACUCACUGAUAUUUAAAUAACAUAUAUAUUAUAGAUUAGUUUAAAUUUGAAUAAUAAAGAUAGAUACACAUUUUUUAUCUAAUUAAUUAAUUUUUAAUGUUAUAUUACUAUAAAUUACAAUUAAAAAUAACAAUAAUUUAACAGUUCUUCAAAAAUUUCAGUAUAGGUUGAAAAUCUCUCUUUGAGUUGUGAUUAAAAACAAUCUAGGUAAGGUAUAAAUAUUGAUACUUUAUAGUAGUUUUCAACAUUUAAAUUAGAAUCUGGAUUUGCUUGCCUUUUAGUUAAUUGUAUAAUUGUAUAAUAAAUAUUUAAGUCAUUAUCUAUAAUUACUGAUAUUUAUAAUAAAUAUCCACGUUUUCAACGCAUAGUAUGUAACCAGCUUAUAGUGAAAUUUAUGAUUUAUUUCAAUAUCAAAAAUCUAGAAUAUUGCUUAGUAUACCUAAUACAAUAAUAAACUACGAAUAUUUUAGUACCUAUUAAUACAAUUAAACAUUUAAAAUUUUCUAAUUUCGUAAUAAUUUUGAAAAUUUGUAUUUGUUUAAAACAAUAUAUUAUAAGUAUACAGUUCAUGUGGGGAUCUAUCAUCCAUACCCCCCGUAAUUACAUCCCUACUAUUACUUAAAAAAUACGAUUACAAGGGAAGUUGCAUACAAUAACUUUUAUGACUCUUAUUUAUGUAUUUAUUGAAAUAUUAAACGGGUUUAUCCAAUGACAUACAAUGUAUGUAAUGCAUGGCAUACUAUAAAUAUAAUUAUUCAAAAAUUAGUAGCAUUUUAAGUGUAUCAAUGUGCAUAAGAAAUUAGAUUUGUAAAUAAAUGAUUUUUAACUAUAUUGAAAAAACUACAUUUCAUUACUUUUUUUUUUUUUUGACCGCCAAGUUCAACUUAUAAUAUGGUUUAUUGUAAAUUAAUAUAUGUCAUAUUUCUAAGUAUUUCUGUUUAGUUUUUAUCCACAUAGUACAUUACAAAAAAAAAAAAAGUAAAAAACUCAUAAAUUUAAAAUGUCUUUAAAUAUCCAUAUAUUUAUUUUCAUUGUACAUCUUUUUGAGUUUUCUUAAUUAUUAUGAAAACUGCUUGAAAAAUUAAGAAAUGACUUACCUAUUACAUCUGAAAUGCAACUAAAAUGUAUUGUCAUUUUUUGAAAAGUUAGUUACAUACACAAAAUAAAAUAUAUAAAAUCGGCUCUUGUUACCUUAAGAAUCUAAAAUGUAAUAUUUAUUAAUGGUUUUUAUAAUUUGUUUAGAAAAAUGUAUUGUAGUGGUGUUUAAAUAAUAUUAUACUUAAUAUUUAUUUUAUUCAAUAAUAUUUAAUAAUAUACAUUUGAAAUACUUUAUUUAUAAAUUAUAAUUAUUUCCCAAUAAUAUACAAUCGUUUUUCUUACUAUUAAAAAACAAGGGAGUAUUUGCAUACAGUAGCAUUUUGACGUAUUAUCAAAAAUAUAUAUCGAUACCAUUAUAACAAGAUAAAAAUGAUUUUUAUUAUUGGGGAUUAAUAUUAUAAAUGUUAAAACAAAUUCAUAUAGUAUGUAUAUAUUAUUUAACUAUGAUAGCUGCAUCCAUUAAUAUGAUGAUUACGCAAAUGAUUUUAUUACACUUACCUUUUUUGUCUAAGCGUUUGUGAGAGCGAAUUAAAUACAUAGUGCUCAAAUUCUAUACUAUCAUGGUUGUAAUAUGAGCACUACUGAACACUAAACCAAAUGGUUAAAUAGCGCUCAUAGUACUCAAAAUGAGUGCAUCCAAUAACGCUCAAAAUAAUUAAAUAAAAAAAAGUAUUUAUUUAAUUGAAUAUUUAUUAUACAUUUUCAUAUUUUAUUAUCUUAUUUAAUUUGUGAUAAUAAAAUAUAAAAAAUAAACUAUAAAAAUAUUUGUUUUAUUACAAUAUUAAACAAGUUUAUUAUAACCAAUACCAACUCCAGUUACUAAAAUUUUUGAAUCAUACCCUUGACGUAAUUCUUCAUUGUGAGGAUCAAUAUAAGGUUCUAGUUUAAAUGAAAUACCAAAAAACUCUUUCAAAUGUCUCAAAAAUUGGAUUCUAAAAAAAAAAUUAUAAUUUUUAAUUAUUAAAAAUUAAAUACUUAAUGAUACACAUUUUAAUUUGAUUAAUAAAUUUCUUUUCUUACGUAUAAGGCGAUAAUGGUCCUAAUACAACAUGAGACACAUCCUUUUGUCUAAGAGUCAUGUAAAGAAGUACAAUUGAUUGAAAAGAAGAAUCUAUACAUCCUCCACGCCAAAUUUCUUCGAGCAUAGUAGAUGCUACAUUUUCUGCUAUUUCUUCUGCUGUUGUCCUUUGACCUGUAAAUGGUAAUGAUACACUAUCAGCAGUUAAAACAAUUCCAGUUGUUGUUGAUGCGACAAUAUUUGCACCAAAUCCUGGCGAAUUUCCACAUAAUUUUCCUUUAGGAUGAUCCACCGUAAAAUAUACAUCAGGAAUAAACUUAAGCAUAAUAGAUUUUGCUUUUUCUACCAUACGAUUAGAAAUGGAUGGGGAUACUCUUAAUGAAUAAAAUGUUCCUCUUAAUUUCUUUAUUUUUCCAAAAUCGGUUAACUAAUGUUCCAAAUGCAAAAUAAAUGUAUUAGUAUAAAUACAUUUUUAAAACAAAAUAAUUAUAAAUAUACCUGUAUUGCUUUAGUAAAUUUAACAGGUUCACAUGAAAAAUAUAUCUCUCCACCGCCAUCUGGCUCCAUUCCUCGUUUUUUAAUUUCUAUAUUGGUAUCAGUAGCUAGUAACAAUAUUCUUUGUAAAAUCGGCAAUGCUCCCGCUUUAAAAGCAUCAACUGAUGGGUCUUUCUUUAAAUAGAAGUAGGUAAUAAUUUCUAUUAUGAAAAAAGUAUAAAGUUAAUUAUACUUUACUUGAUUAUUAGUGAUUCCUUUAAGUAUAACUUGAAUUCCUUUUUUACAGUAAGGUGCUACCAUCAUAAUCAAUUCUAAAUAAUAUCCAAUGCCUCUUAAUUUACAACAAUCAUGGACUAAUACACCGCCAAUAAGUAAUCCGGGUUGGAAAUAUAAGUCUGUACCAGUCUCAUUAACAUCUAAACUAGUACCAUUUGUCAAUUUGUCAACCAAACGUAAAAAAUUUACUUCAAAUUCUAAAAUUUUAAAGAAAAUCAUUAAUUCAAAAAUAUUUCAUGUUUAUACUAAUCUACCUUUAAGUCCUGGUUCAUUUUCUUGAGAUCGGAUAUUUCGUAUUUUGACUGGUUUACCACUUAAAAGUGAUAAUAUUAUUCUUGUACGAAAAUUACUACAACCUUCAUAAAUCAUUUUGUUUUUACUUUAAUUUAUUAAUUUAUAAUAAUUAUUAUUAAGUAAUUUCUUAAAUUUUUGUAAUGUUUUAUUGUCAAAUGAAUUUUUUAUGGUUAUCACUUAUCAUUUUUAAUAAAAUUGAUAAAGUGUAAGCAUGGUGGGGUCAUAGAGUGCGUUACGGUUGGACAGAUAAAGUAAGAUAGAGGAGCGGGAGCCGCUCAUAAAUAAUUUAUACAUGGAUGUCAUACGUUCUAGAAUAGUAGGCUCGGGUGCACCCAUUGCUAUAUUUAAUAAAUGUAUAUUUAUAAGCAACGAUAAACCAUUGUUAACGAAAAUACGAUUCUGUUAGCAGUUCAUUUGAUAGUGAUGCUUUGUCAACAAUAUAUAUAUGUAUGUCAUAAUAUGGUAAAAUAAUUAAAUAGGCUUUAUAUAUUUUCUUUAAUAAUAUUUAUUUAAUGUUGUACCGAUUUUCCCGUUUUUCUCAUUUGCUGGAAAAACUCGGGAUAAUUGAAAAAUGACCUCCCGGAAGUACCUCCCAGUGAAAUUUCUUUUUAGAAAAAGUGCUAUCAUUGUUAAUCGGAACAAAAUUGCUGGUCGGAAAAUUAUGCGCAGAAAAAAAAAAUCGUAAUAUUUUAAUAAUAUAUUUCGUACAUUUUCCUGUUUUUUAUCGGUUUUUCACAUUUGAUGAGAAAACUCUUGAGAGUAUUGAAAAAUGAUCUUCAAGUACCUCUCCUCACCGAUUUCUUAUCAGAAAAGACGCUACACUUAAAAAACGGAGCAACCUCACUAAGUUUAUUUUAAACCCUAUAUUGUAUAUUAUAUAUGUGUCAGUUGUAUACACUGACUUGAGUAUUGUGUGCGUAUGUUUAGAUUAAUCACUAUCGCUAAUAAUGUUAUCAUUAUUAUAUUACUACCAAGUUGACAAGUGAAAAAUUGUUAUUCUCUUCUAUAUACUUAUUAUUAAAUAAAGUUGUACAUAAACAUUGUUAAAUGUUUGUUUGAGUUGUUAAUUAUAUUAUAACAAAUAUAAAAUAACACAAUAUAUUAUGUAAGUUCAAUACAAAUUUGUAUUUAUUAAUUGAUGCAUAUUUAUUAUCCAUUUAGCUAAGAUAAUAAAUAUGGCCAUCUACAGUAUCAACAAAAUAAAGCUGUAUUUAUAAUUAUUACAACGAAACGAGAUAAUUAUAAAGUAACUCAAAAGUCUGUAUCCAAUAUAAUGUAAUCAAAAGUAAAUCUUCCCUGGUAGAGCAGUUCUAAUAAAUUCCACCAGGUAGCAACUCUUUCGCUUUCAAUCGCGAAUAAUAAUAAUUAAAUAUUAUAACUGUUAUCGGUUAUCUCCAUAAAAAAGUGAGAUAAAAAAUACAUCUAGUCCACCUUUAGUUAUAUAUAAUAAACUAGAAUGCUAACUAAAUUAGUGAUAACAUGAGAACUUGAGUUCCACCAUUUAAUUUGAGGCCGGAGUUAUAUUAUCAAUUGAUAAUUUUCAUCACACUAUCACAAUAUUAUUCACGACUACCUAUUGGUUUUUCAUUUUUUCUAUGGAUCAUGGAUAUAAAAAAAAUAUUCAUAUGUAAAUAUAACAAAAAUUAACAAAUAAAUGAAAUAAUAUGAUAUAUUAAUUUGUGUACAUUGUUGUUUUAUUAAAAUUAACAAGCAAGCAAACAACAUAAACUUAAAAAACAAUUUUGUUUUAUAACAUGUGAUUUUUUUUAUUAUUUUUCUAUUAUUAAUUAUUGUUUUAUUCAUAUUAUUAUUAUUAUAAAAGUACCUAUCGAUAAUGAAUGUUUUAUUUUUAAUAUUUUUUGAUUAUUAUUUAUUUAUGUAAAAAAAAUGACCGUUUUAAUGAGAUGUAAAACUUAACUAAAUCAAAAAGUCGAUAUGGCCGACGGGAAAUCCCUAUUAGGAAUAAUAAUAAUUGUAUUAUUGUCGUUUCUAUACUCUUGUACCUGUAAAACAGUACCGUUUUCCAUUGAUAAGUAGGAGGCUCAAAAGGUUAGGCGUUGGGUUAGGAAACUAAGGGUUCACUGGUCGCCGGUUGAAUUCCUGACUAAUCGUCAUCAAUUAAUUUCGUUUUUUUUUCCAUGUUCUCUAUGUCGAUGUAGGACCGAUAACUGUAGUACGCCAUUUAUUUUCAUAUUAUCUAUUAUUGUUAGUAUUUUUAGUACAUCACACAUAGGCCCGUAACCACUGGGAGUAAGAGGGAAUCCCCCCAGACCUAAUCGUUGUCCCAUCUAACAAGUAUUUAAUGUGUACAUGUAGUAAGUUAAGGUCUAGUAGAUCCCCCCUAAAAUUUGGUCUGUCUACAGGCCUGCUCAAAGAAUAAUAAAUAAUGUUGAUCUUAAUCUCGUGACGAAUACGGGUGUUUUCGAGCGUUUUUAAAAUAACUGUUGUAUAAUAUAACAGUAAUUGUACUCGGAAAGUGUUUAAAAGUUUUAAAUUUAACAUUAAUAAUAAUACAAUCAAAUCAUAAAAUAUUGUACAUGGAAUGGUAAUACCAAGAGUUUCAAAAGGCUCCACCUACUACUUCAUCACACUUCAUCACACCCACAUCAUUUUGGAUUUUUAGUGGAUCGAGGAAUGUAUUGGUUAAAAAAUGAUAGCACUUUUUUUGAAAGAAAAUCUGACUGGGGUGGUACUUUAAAGAGAUCAUUUUUUGAUUUUCCCAGAAGUUUUCCCAAUUUAUGGGGAAAAACGUAGAAAUCAAGAAAAUAGGUACAAUAUUAAACAAAUAUUAUGAAAGAAAAUAUGUAAUGCAUAUGUAAUUAUUUUAACAUAAUAUGACAUAAAUUGUUGAUAAAGUAACACUAACCACCGAACUCCGAUUAGAAUCGUUUUUUCGUUGGCAAAAUAAUAAAUUACCUUCAUACUUAAGUCAUGACAAUGUUUAUACAAACGGGCAGCUAGUAUACAGUUAUAUAGUGUUUAAAAUGUACUUCGUGGGUUUGUUUCGAUUUUUAAAUGUAGCACUUUUCCUGAUAAGAAAUCGGUGUGAGGAGGUACUUUAGACAGGUUGUUUUUUGAUUUUCUCAAGAGUUUUCUUAUCAAAUGAAAAAUCGAAAAAAAGGGAAAAUGUACGAAAUAUAUUACUAAAAUAUUACGAUUUUUUUUUCUGCGCACAACUUUCCGACCAGCAAUUUUGUUCCGAUUAACAAUGAUAGCACUUUUUCUAAAAGAAAUUUCAAUGGGGAGGUACUUUAAGGAGGUAAUUUUUUGAUUUUCCCAACUAUUAGGAAAUAUCGGUACAAUAUUAAAGAAAUUAUAUAUAAUGCCUGUUUAAUUAUUUUACCAUAAUAUGACAUAUAUAUAUAAUGUUGGCAAAGCAUCACUAUCAAAUGAACUGGUCACAGAAUCGUUUUUUUGUUGGCGAUGGUUUAUCGUUGAUUACGGGUAUAUAUUAAAUUACUUAUAACAAUGGUUGCACCCCUUCGCAUUAAACAAUGACGUCUUUUCAAAUUUAAAAUGCCUACUGUAUGUUGAGCUAUUUUUGUUUCAUCUAAACACUACUCAAUUAUAAAACCGUAAAUUGUCUAGUUUUAUUACGUGAUUGAAACAAAUAGUUGUUUUGUCAUGUAUCGAUCAGAACAAGUUUUCUGGUAGGAAAAUUGUUUAGAGACAGAAAAAAAAAAUUUAUAAAAACGAAGAAGAAAAAAAAGAACUGAUACUGAGGAUGGGAGCGGCCACUGAUGUAGGUGAGAAGUUGGGAAGGUAGGAUACAUAAAGUUAUUUCAUUUAUAUCUAUAAGCAACGUUAAACUAUUGCUUGAUGAAAGACGAUUCCGAGCGCAGUUCAGUAUUACAUAAUUUGAAGUGCCCUAAUUUUUUUUUGAGAUUUUCGUUUAAACUUUAUUUAAAAACGCUUAUUAAAAAAAAAAAAAACCCGUCCAAAGAUUUUGGAAAUUUUACCACGUCUAGGUAAGUCCAAUAUAAAUAUUAUUACCAAGUUUCAAGUCAUAUAACUGAAUUACAGCAAAAAUUUUCCUAAAAUUUCAAUUCCUUAAAAGCUCAAAUAUGGUUCAAAAGUUUUUGGCGAUGAUACCGUAAGAAAGUAAAUCAAAAAAGCAACAAAAAAUGUGUCUUAUGAUUUUUCGAUUAAAUAAUUUUUUUUUAGUAGAAAACGUUAAUGAAAAAUGUUUUCCUAUGUUUUUCCCACUUAUGUACUUUUAUUUAAAAAAUGGCGUCGAAAAUCAAAAAAUGACCUCUCUAAAGUACAAUAUAGACAACUUGAUCUUUGAGAAAAGUUGCUACACGUAAAAAUCUCAGCAAGUUUACUAGGAAAAAACGUAUAUGUUAAUGUAUACCUGUAAGCAACAGUAAACCAUGACUUACGAAAAAAUGAUUCUGAGCGAAAUUCAGUUGAUAGUAAUGCAUUUUAAACUAUAUUGUUUAAUAUAAUGUAAUUUUAUAGUAAAAUGAUUAAAUAGGCUUUAUAUAUUUCCUUCAAUAAUAUUUUUUUCAUAUUGUACCGUUUUUUCAAUUUUCCUAGGUUUUCCUAUGUUUUAUCCCGGUUUUUCAUAUUUGAUGAGAAAACUCCUGAGAAAAAAGAAAAAUAACCUCUCUAAAGUACCUCCUCAGUGAUAUUUCCUUUCAGAAACAUUGCUAUCAUUAAAAGUUGGAUCAAUAUUUCUGGUAGAAAGGUUGUCUGCAGAAAAAUAAAAUCGUAAAAUUAUAUUUUCUUUAUUUCAUAUAUUUUCCCGUUUUUUUUUUUUUUUUUUUGGUUUUUUGCAUUUGAUAAGAAAAUUCUUAAAAAAAUCGAAAUAUGACCUUCCUAAAUAAAAAAAAUAAAUAAAAAUCUUUGUAAAGCUAUAAGCUUCUUCACUCCACUCAGAAUCUUACAUAAAUAUUUAAGUUUCUAUUAUAUAGGUAUUUAACUAUUUGNAUCAUAUUUACCAAAAUACUCACUAUUCUCUCUACUUUUUAGACCAGUAGUCGAUGAAAAGCAUGACAAUCUUUGUAAACUUUGUAAUACUCUUUUUGAAAUAUAACAAUUAAUUAUUAGUAAAUAUUAUUUAUACCAAUUGGAUUUUCUAUCUUGAAUUUUGAAAAAACAAUUUAAAUAUUAUAUUUUAGUUUAAAAAAAAAUAUAAAAUCAUAGUAAAUAAGAGGAAUCAUAGCAUAGGUUCUAUUAGUUACUACAAGAAAAACAACUUAAAAAUAUUAAACAGAACAAUAGUUAUUUCAGAUGUGAGAACUUUGAGUUACAGCCUGUUUAAUCGAUUUUAUCUCAUCAAAUUAUUAUGCUUAUCUAUUUGUAUUUUAGGUGGUCUAAAUAUGUCUGUAAUGGAUGGAUGUUUAGUAGCUGAAGAACUGGGUUAUGGGUGUACUGGAAUUAAAACUGCUCUUGAAGCCAGUGGCCUAGGCGUAAGAAAUAUAUAUUUUUAAACUUUUUAUUUUUAUUCCAAUAUAUUUUGAUUUUGUAUUUAACAUUAGUUAAAAUGUUAUGUUUUAGCAAAUGCCAGUUAUAAUUGGUGGAAAUAAAGAACAACAAAAAAAAUAUCUUGGAAGAUUAAUUGAUGAACCUUUAGUUGCUGUAAGUUGAAUUAAAAUUUAUAAUGACUUUAGGGGUAAUGAUUACUUAGGUAUGUAAUUAAUUACAAAUAUUUAUAGGCUUAUGGUGUAACUGAACCAGGUGCUGGUUCAGAUGUAAAUGCAUUAAAAACAAAAGCUGUAAAAAAGGGAGAUGAGUAUAUUAUUAAUGGACAAAAAAUGUGGAUAACCAAUGGUGGUGUAGCUAACUGGUACUUUGUGUUAGCCAGAACUGAUCUCGAUCCCAAAACACCAGCAAGUAAAGCAUUUACUGGUUUUAUUGUUGAUGCUGAUUCACCAGGGCUCACUCCUGGACGAAAAGUAAAGAGAUUAUUUUAUCAUAAAAAUCAUAUUUAUUUCUAUUUUUCUUUUAGGAAUUGAAUAUGGGUCAAAAAGCUUCAGACACUAGAGGAAUAACUUUUGAAGAUGUAAGAGUACCCAAAGAAAAUGUAUUAACUGCCGAAGGACAAGGAUUUAAAAUUGCGAUGUCUACAUUUGAUAAAACUAGACCUCCAGUUGCUGCUGGAGCUGUUGGUUUAGCUCAAAGGGCAUUAGAUGAAGCUGCUAAAUAUUCAUUAGAAAGAAAAGCAUUUGGAGUAGAAAUUGCUAGACACCAAGUUAGUAUUCUUAUCAUUCAUAGGUAUAAUAUUAAUAUGGCAUUCAAAUAUUUUAUGAUAAACUAUGUAUUUUUAUUUUAAAAAAUCAAUGUAAUUAAAAUAUAAGGUAUAAUCAUAGAUCUUAUAUUAAUAAACUAGCCACAGAUUACAGAACAUAUACUACAGACUGGCCUUGCCUAUAAACUUUAGAGUGUUAUAGAAAGUAGAAACAUAGAAAUAAAAUAUAUAAUAUUAGGUAUGUCCAUAUACAGAACUCAGAUAUAUAUAAUAACUAUAUAGCCGACUGUAUACAACAGUGUAUAAAAAUAUGAUGCCCAGCGUUUUUAGUUUUUAUACAUAUCUGUGACAAAACUACAGAAGUCACUGGUUAAACAUACAACAUUAAUGUAACCUAUAAUACCAUCAGUGUAGCCAUUAGGCAUCUAUUCUUAUACCAUAUAUAAUAAUAUUAAACUAUUUUUAUUUCCUUAUGCUAAUUUCCAGAAAAUAAUAUAUUCAGUGGUGGCUUAACCUAAAAAAUAAAGGUGUAGUGAAACAUGAAAAAUAACCACUCAUCAAGGAAACAGGUAAGGGGAGAUUAGUUAAUUACUCCCCCCCUACCAACAUUAACUUAGUUGAUACAAAAUUUCAAUUCACUCCUAUUAAAAAUAACUGAAAAUCAAAACCCCCAAUAAAUAAUUCAUAACUAAGCUUCUUUCAUCUACUUUCACCAAUAUAUAUCUCAUGUUAAUUCCCCUCACUCUAUUUAAGUGUAACUCAAUUCAUAAAUAAAAGCUGUCCUAGGAUAAUGGAGACGGGUACAGCCACUGUUAUAGGUAAUUUAAUGUGUACCUGUAAGCAAUGAUAAACCAUUGCUAGUGAAAAAAAUUCUGAUAUGGUAAAUAGGUAUAACAUAUUUUCUUUAAUAUUUGUUUAAUAUUGUACUGGUUUACCCAUUUUUCCUACAUUUUUUUUUUCGGUUUUCUUGAAAAAACUCCUGGGAAAAUCGAAAAACUACCUCCUUAAGGUAUUACCCCAUAUUGAUUUCCUUUCAGAAAAAGUGCUACACUUAAAGUGGGAUUACUAGUAAAAAAGUUGCGCAGUUAAAAAAAAAAUAAACAUCUUUGUAAAACCAUAAGCUUCUUUGCUCCACUCAGAAUCUAAAAUUAAAAUUAUAGACCAUCCAACUACAACAAAUUAAAGGUUUAGUGGUCUAACUAAUUUAAUUAUUCUUUAAAAAUGCUUUUGAGGUAUAAGAAAAUAAUAUAAUAUCACUAUUCACAAAAAUACUAUUAAAAAAAAAAAAAAAGGUAGUAGGUAUUAAUUAUCUGUCACACGAUCUUCAAAUUACAAAAAAGAAGCAUACUCUAUCUUUGACUGCUAUGAGUGUAUUAGGGCUAGUCGUAGUAUAAUGUCUAUGGGUAUAAAAUAUAAUUAAUUUUAUCUUGUUAAGGCUGUUGCUUUUAUGUUGGCUGAUAUGGCCAUUGGCAUUGAGGCUGCUCGUCUUACAUAUAUGAAAGCUGCUUUUGAAGUUGAUCAAGGGCGUCGUAAUUCAUAUUAUGCAUCUAUAUCAAAAGCUUAUGCUGCAGAUGUGGCAAAUAAAUGUGCAACUGAUGCUGUUCAAGUAUGUGUUAUGUGAUAAUAGCUAUAAUAUAUUCAAGUACCUAUACUUAUGUUUUUAAGACAAUAAUAAUAAUAAUAAUGAUUUUAGAUUUUUGGCGGAAAUGGUUUCAACACAGAGUAUCCUGUUGAAAAAUUAAUGAGGGAUGCAAAAAUAUAUCAAAUUUAUGAAGGUACAGCUCAAAUUCAACGAUUGAUCAUUUCAAGGAGUAUAAUUGAACAAACCAAACAGAAUAUGUAAAAAUCAAAACAAUUUAUUAUUAAAUUAAAAAAUAUAUUAUUUAAUUUUGAAUAAGGUAUAAAGGUUCAAACUAUUUAUAAAUGAUAACCAUAAUUUGUAUAAUAAAUAUAUUUAUAUUUUUAAUCCUAAAGCAGUCUUACAUUUAUGUGUACAAUGCAACGGUAACAAAAAUACAAAUUUUGUUAAUUCUUGUAUUACUUAUUUUAUAUUUGGUCAUUUUUAUGAAUUCUGUUAAAACUAUGGUUUUUUUUA